CAUGGUCGCAGUUGUGUAAUAACUUUUAACACGUGCAUAAAUAUAUUGUUUUGUUUACUAUUUUGUCACAGAAUGACAAGCAUCAUUGAUCCCAAAAAAAUUUCUGAAGUUGGUGAGGUAUUGACAGACAAAAGUAAACCACUGAAAGAUAGAUUUAGAGCACUAUUUACAUUAAGAAACCUCGGUGGCAAGGAAGCUUUGGACAUAAUUUCAAGUUGUUUUGAUGACGAAUCAGCACUUCUGAAACAUGAACUCGCAUACUGUAUGGGACAGAUGCAGGACGAGUAUGCCAUUCCGUCAUUAGUCAAGGUGUUAGAAGAUACAAGCCAGGAACCAAUGGUACGACACGAGGCUGGAGAGGCUCUUGGUGCUAUUGGUCAUCCAGAAGUUGCUGAUAUACUCUUAAAAUAUUCACACGAUCCAGUUAUAGAGGUAGCUGAAACCUGUCAGUUAGCAUUGCAGAGAAUAAAAUGGAUGAAAGAAUCACAGAAAGACAUUGAAACACUUUCUGUAAAUCCUUACAAAUCCGUUGAUCCGGCUCCUCCAGCAAGAGAGUCUGAUGUAUUUUCCUUACAACAGAUUUUAUUGGAUGAGUCUCUUCCAUUAUUUCAACGCUACAGAGCCAUGUUUACAUUGAGAAAUAAUGGAUCUGAUAAAGCUGUGCUUGCAUUAGCAGAAGGGUUGAAAUGUAAAAGUGCAUUAUUUCGACAUGAAAUAGCUUAUGUCUUGGGUCAAAUUCAAAGUAGUGUUUGUAUCGAACAAUUAUCUUCAAAUCUGUGUGAUAAAAAUGAAAACCCUAUGGUGCGACAUGAAUGUGCUGAAGCUCUUGGGGCAAUAGCCACUGAACAGUGCACAGAGAUUCUACAGCAAUAUGCAAAAGAUAAUGAAAGGGUUGUUAAAGAAAGUUGUUUUGUGGCACUUGAUAUGAGUGAAUAUGAAAACAGUAAUCAAUUCCAAUAUGCAGAUGGUUUAGCAAAAAUUGAAAACUCUUCAUAGCACAGUGGAUUUUAUUGACAUUUUGCAAUGACCAGUUGAUUACACAUGGCUCCCACUUUAUACAAAAUUUAUUAAAUUUUGUGUUGUAGUUAUAUUGCUUUAUAUCCUACAGUGGAUAAUUGAUAUAAGCUUGUGAUUAUUUGAAAUUGUUGAACAUUUUCACUCUGACCGUUGGCGUCCAAUACCAUUGUAAUUUUGAAUUUCUCCUGAACCACUCUACGGAUUUUAAAUAUAUUUGGUCGAUAUAUUACAUGGAUCAUCCUGAUUAAAAUUUGUUAGGGUUUGUUGCUUGGAGGUAGUGCUUAUUGAGAUUUGUUUAAAUCAAGUUGAUCAACCAUAUGGAGGCAGCUCAAAUUUGGAUCCAUGUAUUUUGAAACAUUUUUUCGAACAGUACCUCUGCAGAACCGCUCAAUGGAUUUCAACUAAAUAUGGUAGAUAGUGGCAGGGCAGGUGCUCUUUAAUGGGAUCAAUCUAGACAAUUUUGUGCAUUUAUCUACUGAACUGUAUGAUAGAUGUAACCUAAAUUUGAUUGGGUAGAGUAUCUAAAGGGGCAAAUUUGAGAUUAAAAUAGAACUUAUUAAAGUCUGUCAUUGUGAAAGUUGCAUCUCUAAAAGGAAUAUCCUUCCAAAAAUGGUGUUGAGAUGUGAUGAAUUAAACUUUUCACAAUAUUCGGCAUUUUCUGCCAACAAAACAAACAGGAUAUGGUCAAAAUUGUUUUAGGUAUAUGUCAUUGGAUUUUUAAAACAGAAAUAAAUAUUAAAUUGGU